AUGAUCACCGUCCGGGAACGAGCAGCACGUGAUGUCGACGAAUGCGUAGAGCUACUUGAAUUGGUUUACCAAAGAGAUGGUUAUCCCGUACAGGGAACCGCGAACGCUGUUUCCUUCUUGACUGGCGAGUCCACAUGGCGAGCUUGGGUUGCCGAAGAGCAAGGCCGUAUUGUCGGUCACAUUGCCGUGAGCAGUCCUAGCAAUGACGAUCUUGCAGUCGCAUUGCAUAGGUCAAUCUACGGCAAUCAGGCCAUCGCUGUGCUUGAGAGACUGUUCGUUCACCCUACCGCCCGCGGUUGCGGCGCAGCCAGUGCACUUAUGCAAACGGCGCAGUCGUACGGCGCGAGCAAGGGUCAGCGUCUUGUUCUCUUCGCUUUGAUCAAAGAUCGGAACGCCAUCCGGCUGUAUGAGCGGCUGGGCUGGCGCAACUUCGGGACGGCAUUGUACAAUUAUGGGAAUGGCAAGCAGAUGGAUGCCAUAUGCUUUUGUACUCCUCAGCUUCAGGCAGACGUUGGUAUACCUCCUGGCGAGAGUACUGCCGCAGUAGUCCAGCUGUAG